AUGAUGCAAAUCGAGUUAUCUGAAAUCCGAGCGAGAAAUUUUCGAAACAUCGUGAGUUUUUAAGAAAAUAUUUUUGGAAAAUCGAAUUAAUUUUUUGAUUUUUCAGGUGUUACUAAAUUCAAUAUGCCCUCGAACAGUUCAUGGCUGGAAAAUUUGCAAGAUUUUGCUCUGUUGGAUGAUUCAUAGUUCAAAACCACCGCAAGUUUGCCAAUUCACUAAAAUUGAAACACACCGUGCUGGUAUUCGUCAAAAUAAUUACACCCAAAGAUGUUUUGAUUGGAGCUAG